AUGAGAAUAUUAUAUGUGGGAGAAGACGAUUGUCAUCUCGAGGACACAGAGACAUCGUCUAAAGCCAGAAAAGGUCGAACGAAAAGAAUUCGCAAACGGGCCUAUGAAAUUUUAGAGUUGCGCAAGAGUGUCUUAAUAAUUUUAUCGAACAUUGCAGCUUAUCUUCCGUUGUCGUCAAUAUGCCUUACGAGGGAUCUUUUAAUGGUGAUCGCUGACUUUCUGGAUUGCGCGGACGAUUAUUACGCACAAGUGGCUUUGGAAGUCUUCUCAAAGAUGUCUGUAUCGUACGAAAAUCGACAACGAAUUGGUGGAUGUGACGAAGCCACGUUAACAAUCGUUUUUGAAAAAUUGGCGGGGAUGCUAUCUCAGGGAGAAAAUAACGUCGGACUAAGUAUUUUCAGGGGAGUGUUGACCCGUCCUUUGUCACAAGAUUUGCCUUACGUUGCGACUUUGGUGAUGGCCUAUUUUAACUUUGCCCACUUAAGCGGAGUUAGAGUGUUUAGUGCGUUGGUAACCUCCAAUUUCAUGCCGCUCUUUAAAGACAUCGUGAGUGCGUGUAUGUCGACCGCACCUAUAUAA